AUGGCAAAUGGUAAAAUACCUGAUGAUGCAAUCACGGCGUCGUCUACUUAUUCAAACAGUUACACACCUAGCUAUGCAAGACUGACAAGGGAAGAUUCUAGCUGCUCUUGGGCACCUACUGCAGCAGGGCGUAUCGGCUCAUGGCUUCAGGUUGAUCUGGGACAACUUGCCACAGUAACAAAAAUAGCAACCCAGGGAACAUGCUAUAGCCCCAGUGAAUGGACAAAGUCGUACUCGGUUUCAUACAGCACUGAACCCAAUUCAUGGACACCUUACGAAGAAUCAGGGAAUGUAAAG